UUAUUUCCACACCCCCUCACUCUCAGUAAGCCGUUACUGCAAAAGGCAAAGGCGCGCCAGGUUUGGUAAUGUAGAGACUAAUAUGAAGUUUUUUCUAUUUUUAGAUGCCUUAUCGUGAAACCAAAAGCGCAGCUGCAAGGCUGCCCAACCAGCUCUGAGCGCAGAAGAGGAAGCUUGCUUUCAUUUUCUUUAAGAGUUACAGUAAGGAAGUGAUUUGGAGUGAAGAGCAAAGAGUUGGAACAUAGAAAUACUCAUUUUCUGAGGUCUGGGGGUGCCACAUGGAGUUUUCUGACCACAUUAAGACGGCCAACGUGGAGGAUGUUGUGCUCCGGCAGCCCCUGCACCCACCGAGCAGAGGCACCCUGUGCAUCACCGGACACCACCUGCUCUUCUCGGACAGAGAGGAGGGCAGCUCCCAGCAGGUCCUGCUGCUGCUCAGGAAUAUCGAUGCCAUAGAGAAAAGUGUGGAAAACCUUUUGGGCUAUUCCGGCUUCUUCUCUAAUGCAGUCCUCAGUGACAGGACGUCUGGAUCGUCAGGGACGAUUACCAUCAAAUGCAAAGAUCUGCGGGUGCUUCAGCUUGACAUUCCAGGCAUGGAGCAGUGCCUCAACAUUGCACACUCCAUCGAGACCCUUUCCUGUCUGGACAAUGUGUCGGCGAUGUAUCCCUUCUUUUACAGACCCACUGACCUCAGCCUGCGGGACCAGUGGGGCCUCUCCACCCCUGAAAAACAAUACACUCAAAUAAAGCAGCUGCAUAAGAAAUGGAGACUGAGCAGCGUUAACGAAAGCUACUCCGUAUGUCCUUCCUAUCCUCCCAUGGUCAUUGUUCCAAACUCCAUCGACGAUGAAAUGUUGAAGAAGGUGGCCAAAUUCAGGCAGGCUGGCCGCUUCCCUGUCCUGUGCUACUAUCACAGAAAGAAUGGCAUGGUGAGAGUCAAUCAGGAUGGUCAUUCAGCUCUGGUUCACGGCUAUGAAGGGACAGACUGCACCUUGCUCAUCUGCACUCUGGCCCAGCUCAUCAUGGACCCAAGCUGCCGAACGCUGGAGGGCUUCCUGGCUCUCCUGGAUAGGGAGUGGCUACAGGCAGGACACCCGUUCCAGCAGAGGUGUGCCCAUUCGGCCUACUCCCACGCUCGCCUGCAGUAUGAGUCUCCAGUCUUCCUGCUCCUGCUGGACUGUGUUUGGCAGCUUUGGCGCCAGUUCCCUCUAGCGUUGGGUUUCUCUGAGGCGCUGCUCCUUAGACUGGCAAAUGAGGUCUAUGCUUCAGACUACGGCACAUUUCUGUGUAACAAUGACCAGGAAAGGUGUGCCCUGGGAGUGAAGGACCGAACUCACUGUUUGUUCUGGGCCCUGCUGAGGCCAUCAGAGAGAGACUACUACUCAAACCCUCUGUACGAGCCCACAGAGCUGGCCAUCUGGCCCUCAGUUCACCCUCAGUCUCUACAGCUAUGGAGAGGCUUUUUCCUGAGGUGGACACAGCAGGCGCGCCAUCUUGAGGCAGUUCAAGAAGAAAUAAGAACCAUGGUCAUUGAAUGGGCCAGGGCGACUCAGAGGUGAUGCCUCUACAAAGAUAUUACAAUUUUAUUGUAAUUAAGUUGUUCACAGAGAAAUAUUCAAAUAUUCCUUCUAUGUUUAUAUGUACAGUGUUUUUUUUUUUACGUAAUAA